AUGGGAAAUGUUAGCUUUAGGUAACUAUUUCAGUUUACUUCAGAUUUUGUGUUUAAAUAGUAGAAACAACCCUUUGUGUUAUAGUUUAACCACUUUUUAUUCCAAUCACACUAAUUAUUGACCAAAUUCAGGGAUCAAACGUCAAGUGUAAUAUAAAUUUGUGUUUUGUAUUAAAGCGCUAAAACUUUUUGAUUCAUCAGUAAUAACAGACGUUAGUUCUUUGUUUUUAUCAAGUUUUUAAGUUAUUAUUUGUAUUUUGCGUUUUGUAUUUGUAAUAGUUUUGACGUUUUCGUGUGGUCAACGACCAUUUUUAUGUAUAUAAAACAAAUUUGCCUCGUUAUACGGUUGAAAAUUGCUUUUUAAAAUUAUUUUGUUGCAAAUCAAAUGAUCUUACUGAUUAGAGUAAUUAAGUGCUUUAUUUUAGAUCGGAAUUGAGUAAACAAUCGUGUUCUUACAUGCCAAAAACCCAAAACCAGCAUGAUGAAUAUGGACACGAGGACUUGGUGGACACGUUUUUGAAGUUGAAGCACAUCAAUAAGAAUGUCUUCAGGUAUGUGGUUUUCCCUUUUUUGUUUUGGUUUUUAGAUUUUCAAUUGGAUUUAAUCAAAAAAGUCGUUUUUAGCUCGACCCACCAACUCCCAGGCCGAAAAGAUGGUCAUCGCGUGUACGGUGGCCAGGUCGUGGGCCAGGCGUUGAUGGCCGCCAACAACACGAUCGAUCCUGUCUUUCAUCCUCACAGUCUACAUUGCCAGUUCCUUGCCCCGGCCGACAAAAGCAUACCUAUUGCGUACGAAGUGACUCGAGUACGAGAUGGUCGUAGUUUUGGUACUCGAUUAGUACAGGCAAAACAAAACAAGACUACAGUAUUUACGACGUCAAUAUCGUUUCAAAAAGUGGAGCCAGAUUCGAUUUGUCACGAGCCGGAAAUGCCAAAAGUUCCACCGCCGGAGGAGUGCGAGGACGUCAUGACCUUACUGAAAAGGUAAGAUUUUGUAGAAGUGGUUACAUUUUAGUGUUUGAUGGUCACAAUGGGAUUAAGAGACACCUUGUGAAGAUAUGCCGAAAGUUUUGUGGAAAUCUGUAGCUUUUGUCAAAAGUUAUGGCGAUUUUGUGCACCCUAUCGUAGCAUAUUUGUCAUAUUAGUAGUAAAUCACUGUUUUCUUAUGAGAAAUUCUUCAUUACGCCAUUCUUUUUGCAUCUAUUUUAAUUUUGGUAAACCAUUCUUAUGAUAUAUCAUUUCAGAAUGCUAGACGACCCCAAAUCCGUCUCACCAGAAGGCAAAUUGGCGGCAGAUCAAUAUCGACGAGUACUCGAGCUACCAAACAUUUUCGGAAUCAAAGUGAUAACACCGAGAAAGUACAUCAAUGUUCCGACGAACCGGCCAAUGAAGUUUGCCAUCUGGGUGAAAAGUUUGACUCCACUUGGUGAUGACGAACAUCUACAUCACUGUGUAGCAGCAUUCAUCUCGGAUGUAGCACCAGUAGGAACACCAUUGUUUGCAAAUGCAGCGGCUGGAUUCAGGCUGGGAAUGGCGGCUUCAUUAGACCAUUCCAUGUGGAUUCAUCGACCUGACUUUAGAAUCGACAACGAUUGGGUACUUUAUGAAACGGAAAGCCCUGUGGCAGGUAAGGCGAUCUUAAUGUUUUAAAUUUAAGUUUUUAGGUACAAAAAUGCGUUUUUAUUUCAAUUUUAAUACCUAAAAUUUUAAAUUUGGUCAAUAAUGGCUUGUUUUUCAGCUGCAAGUCGAGCCCUGAUUCAUGGAAAAAUGUGGACCAGAGACGGCCGACUAGUACUGUCAACUGCCCAAGAAAUCCUGCUACGAGAAGACCGUGCCAACGAAAAUGGAUCCGUUUCAGAAUCCCGCAAAAGCUCCCUUAUACCAACAUAG